UGACACAGUGUUUGGAAGUGCGAGAAGCCUUGCAGGCUUGCGGCGCGCCAAACAACCGCAUUCCUGAACCGUUUGCGCUCGCUCGUCGCAAUAGCCGAGCAGCAUCGCCCGCACGAAGAAGAAGAACAAGAGCAAAGGCAGGCAGGCCGCCUCGGCGACUUCGCCAUCGUCAGCACUUGUGUCGCCAACGAUGGACAUUCAACAGCAUCGGCGACCGCGAUCCUCGCGCUCGUCGAGGCUGCCUCAGUCAAUACCAACGAUGCGGCACCGCCGCUCCCGCUCCGAUGAGCUUGCUCGCGUCAGGUUCGAACCAAGCGCAGGCAAUGCCACGCAUGCGGAGCUCAAGGCCUGGGUCGCCGGCACCAGCAUCUCGGCGUCGUCCAGGCGCCAACCGCCUCGCGUCUCACCACAACAUGACGCAUGGCACAGGCCGACCCACACGGGCAAUGACCCACCGCCACCACGACCGUGGAAGUACCCGCCAAAACCGCCAGAGUUCGCCGACACGGGCAUCUUGGAAGACGCCCCGCUUUACCACCGCAUCCACCAGAACUGUCAUCAGCGUGUCACGACGAUGAUGGCGACGUUUGCACAUUUGCGCUCUCGCUUUUCGGGCGCGCGUGCUGUGUCGACUUCUCCCCACCACGUGUGGCAGCACCAGUCCCACACGCACCACGAGUACCGUGGCUUUGUCCACAGGUAUGCCAGUCAUGACAGUCAUGACAGUCAUGGCGACGGCCAACAGCAGCAAGAGCAGCAACGCGAACUAGCGCAGCGGGGGCGUUGCACGUGGCCGCUGUCUGCAUCCCAUCGCGAUUCAGCAACGGCAACACCCACCCCGCCUCCGACCACAAUCACGACAACCACAGCAACGAGGCACGUGUCUCCAACAACACCGACAGCAACAAGGGUGACCCCGACACCAGUGACAACAACGACAAUGUCGGAGGUGGAGCGCACGAAGACGAGCAGUGACGACCUGAAGGACAUUGCGACCGAAACGCCCACCUGCUCACAGGCCCACCGCAGCCCCGGCUCGACCAUGCUGGAUUAUGCUCACCAACGUCGGAUCCUUCGGGCCAAGGUCGUGCGAUGCAUCCUCCGCCUGUCUGCGGAUGAAGCCACACUCCUUGGUGUCUGCAUUGGGGCGCCCCCUGUCGAGACUGGACGGGAGCUGCUGUCCGCGUUGAGGACGCGUGUUACUUCCAAUGGCCAGCCGUACAUGCAUGAACACUUCGCCCUCAACCCGUUGCUGCUGGACAUUGUCACCGAGUGCCCAGAACUCGGUGAAAAUCACGUGCUCGCAAUUGCAAUCCAGAAGCUUCUGCUACACACACGUGACGGCACACGCACACGGUGAAGUGCAACGAGUGGACCUCUCAUCCAAGGAGCGGUGGUCCUUUCGUCCAGCAAGCAUCUCUUCCACUCGCAGCGUUCCUGCUGCUGUGCUGGGACUUGUCUUCUUCCUGUUAAUUGUGGCCCAAGCUGUACGCGGGGUCACAACAUCGACAACCCACCACACCAAGCUUUCUUCAAGAGCGCACUCGCCCUUCCUGCCAUGCCGCUCACAUUGCAUCUACUUUGGGGGUUGAAGUUUGUACAUGCCACUUUGUGGCUGCUCACUCAUCCCCUCCUUUCCCUGUUGUGGAGUUUUGAUGGUGCGCUCAUCAUCAUCCCCACGCAACACAACACAACACAACACAACACUCAUUUGCUUGCUGUUGUUGGUGUUGGUGUUGUUGUUGUUGUUACUUAUUGGUCUUUCGAUCAAACCAGGUCCCCUUGUUGUGCUGUUGCGCCAACAUGCACCUGAUACCUAGUUUGCUGGUUGUUUUGUGUUUGUGUGUGUGUAUGUGUGUAUGUGCUUUUGGUGGCUGGUGCGUGAUGCCACCACCACAACAUACACACACACACACACACCACCACCACCACCACCACCACCUC